UGGAACAGCUGUUUGGACUGUUUUACAUACUAAGGCAGAUCGGUUAACACGUGGGGAGGAGAGCUGGAGCGCGACUGAACUCAAUUGUUCCUAACAACAUUAUUCCUAUCGUGGCAGCAUUGAGGAUCUUAAAUUACUGUGUAAGUGUUUGGUGUCUUGAGGGAAAUGCCCAUGCGGUUUCGCUCUGUUGUUCCCUACACGAUGCCUGGAGUACUUGUACUAAUUGGCUGGUGGUGGUACACCUCGAGGAAGAAAGAACAACUCAUCGACCAAAACUCAGAGGUAUCUCCAUCUCCUGUGAGUUUUAAAGACUCUCAUCUAGAAAGCAGCAAUGGUUUACUGUAUGAAGACGAAAGCCCCAUCUCUUCAAAUCUCAGUAACCAGAAUACAGAGAAUGAAAUAAUUUCUCCAAUUCAUCUCCAAGACACUGAAGCAAUAUCUUCACAGGAACACAAAUUUGAGGUUCCUUUUUGUGUACUUGAGGAAGUUGAUGCACCAUCAAAUUUAUUUCCACCAAAAUUUGGUAACAAGGAUUUGGGAGAGAAAUCAACAAAACCACUUAAAGACCCAGAGACUGACCCUUCCUCUGUUUUUAUUGGGAAUCUAGAGAAAUGCCCACCCAAAGAGUUGGACCUGUUUUCAGAAAACUUGGUAGAGGAUGCUGCUUUGCAGUCCAAUGCCUGCAAAGACACCACAUUCUCCAACAUUGCAAUACAUCUUUCUGAUGCAGAGAGACCAGAGCCAGAAGGUGAAGUCGCAACACAUCACAGCGCUGUAAAUGCACAAGAGGAGAUUGUCAGCAUAUUCAGAUCUGCCAAAACACAUAGGAUGAUGAUAUCAGAUGAAGACUCUCUGGAAAAUCCCCUGUCUGUACAGGAUUCAGACAAAAAAAUGCUUACAGGCGCAUCUACUAUCCUUUCCAAAGCACAGGGUACUACCUCAGCCGACAUGCAUUUUAAGAGAAACACUCAAGAAAUGAAUGAUCUGGAGCUACUGGCAGCUGGACUUAUAUCUGAGGUCCUCUCUGCAGCCACUCAGGAGGUGCUUGGUAUCACUAACUGUGAGGUAACACCAAACGAUAAACCCAGUGAUGAAAGUAGUGCUACUCUAACCACUGGCACUCAAUGCUCACAACAUGAUUUGACAAGAGGAGCCUCCCUUGGUUGUAGUCUCUCACAGGGGGACCAUGAGCUUACAAAGACAAAUGUUGAAACCAGGAUUCAGAAAACCCACAAUGCACAGAAUGAGGCUUGGCCAAAACCAUCACACCAAGGAAAUCCAGUACUACUCACUAAAUGUAGAGGUGAUGAAGCAGCAAUGCUGGCUGAAGACUCUGCCUGCAGCACGUAUCACUCCGAGGAAGGCAUCAGCAGUGAGAACCUACAGAGCAGCUUGCUGGAGAAUCCAGCUGAUUUUUUCAAGGUUAAAGACUUGUCAGCAAAGGAAGCCAUACAGCAUCAGUCUGUAGUUGGGAGCAUCACAAAAGAAACUGAAGAAAACUCUUAUGCCAUGCGUAAUGUGAAGAGAGUUAAUGGGAGUGACCUGAGGAAUGGAGCUCAUGGAACAUGCGAGUUGGAUACAGAUCAGUCUGGAGGUUCUGAUGUUAACAGUAUGGACUCUGUGGAUAGUGGCUGCACUAUGGGUGUUUGUGAGAACCAGGGCAGCAACACUGCCUCAUCUACCUCAGAACUCAUCAUCUGGGAGAUUGAGGUCCCAAAGCAUCUUGUAGGGCGACUGAUUGGAAAGCAAGGGAGAUAUGUAAGUUUCCUGAAGCAGAAUUCUGGUGCAAAAAUCUACAUCUCCACUUUGCCUUAUACACAGGAGUUCCAAAUUUGCCACAUUGAAGGUUUGCAGCAGCAAGUUGAUAAGGCUCUGUCUUUUAUUGGCAAGAAAUUCAAAGAUCUGGACUUGACUAAUUUAUAUGCACCUCCACUCACAUUACCAUCACUUCCCAUAACUUCCUGGCUCCUUCUGCCUAGUGGAGUGACAGUUGAAGUGAUUGUGGUUAACAUUGUGUCAGCUGGUCACAUAUUUGUUCAGCAGCACACCCAUCCCACCUACCAUGCUCUACGGAGUCUCGAUCAGCAGAUGUUCCUUUGCUAUUCCCAGCCAGGUACCCCAGCACUGCCCUCACCUGCUGAAGUUGGUGUGAUCUGUGCAGCUCCAGCAGUGGAUGGAGCAUGGUGGAGAGCGCAGGUCAUCACCUUCUAUAAAGAAACUGAGGAGGUGGAGAUUAGAUAUGUCGAUUACGGGGGCUAUGACAAAGUAAAGAUUGAUUCACUUCGGCAAAUCAGAUCGGAUUUUGUUACACUACCUUUUCAAGGUGCAGAAGUACUUCUUGACAACAUUACGCCACUACCAGGGGAGGAUUGUUUCUCAACGGAUGCUACAACAAUAUUGGAAGAAAUGACCAGAGGUGUUGCCCUGCUAGCACAGGUCUCAAACUAUGAUAACAACACAGGCCUCCCACUUGUCCACCUAUGGAACCUGGUUGGAGAUGAGGUUAUUUCAGUGAACCGCACUCUGGCAGACAGAGGCGUGGCUGUUUGGGUGGAUGGGUUUUGAAUUCCCAAGUACCCUAGAGAAACGAAGGAAAGUGAAUUUCCUUGUGGUCAGCAGUCUCCAACCCAGCUCAUCCCAGAGGCGUUCCCUGACUCAAAUCCGCUCUUCCACUUUUCAAUUAAACAGAAACCAGAGACUUUAUUCUUAAGAUGGACUUCUGUUUUUGUCUGGAAAAUUCAUUAAGAACAAAUGUACAUGUAAUUUUUAAGACGAAAAUGUAUUGUAAAAUAAAGGCUCAAGAAUUAUAUUUUUCAGUUCCCAUUCUACCUUAAAUCCCUGGGUCCUUGCACAUGAACUCUGGCUCAUGCUGCAUAAGUAGACAGACACAUCAAUGAAGUCCUUACUUUGUUCUUUUUUAGGUCUUUCUAUUUUUAAAUGAACAGAGUUGUGUGUUGUGGGAAUGUUGGUGACAAAUAAGGCAGCUUGAUGUGGAUCUUGUCUGAAGUAAAGAAGAUUGGGUUACUUGCCUCUGCUCUUUUUAUAUCCUGAUCUGGUGUGCAUGUUAGAGGAGCCAACAAAAACAGUUCCCAUUCCAAAAAGAGCACUUCAAAAAAUUACAUAUAUUUGAGUAAAGUUUCACACAUAGAAAAUGCAUUUUGCUGAGAUCUGUGCAGAAAGUAGACAAUUGUCUUGUAAAUUACAGUAGGUUGUGUUUAAGGACACAAAAAGCCAUAUUUCAUAGUUUUUACAAUGGUGUUAUUCUAAUUGGUGGUGGUGCAUGUUAAAUCCAUUCUCCUAAAAUUAACCUGCUUGGGAUAGCUGUCUAAAACCUCAAAUAGCCAUUAUAAGGUGCUGCACAUAUGUUGAUAGAUGCACACCAGAAGAGGGAGGCUUAUCAACUUAAGUUUGCAUUGGAACAAAACUACUAGAAGAUAAGCAUAGAUCAAAUGUAGUUAAAUGAGAGACACUGAUCUUUUUGGGAUUUAUCUGAAUGAACUGAAACUAAAAAGUGAAAUUUAGCUGCUGUAUUGUCAUAGUAAGGGCCACUUAAGCUUUAAACUGAACUUAUACUAUUAUCAGUGAAAAUUGGUUUAAUUUCAUCCUUAAGUAUUUGGUAUACACAUGUUGAUAUGCUUCUUGAUGCAGCCACUUUAAAAGAUAUGAAAUUUGUUAUUCGGGCAAUAAUGAACCUUUGUUUUCACUUAGGAAUGGCUGAAUUGUUUACAUUAUGGGCAUCAUGUUUUUCUAUUUGACAUGUACACGUGAAAACUAAUUGCGAUACAAUUAUGAUGAUCAUUAAUGAGUUAUAUUUAGCAAUUACUAAAUACAAGCUUGCCAAGUAAAAUUUAAAGACAAUGGAAUUGAAAAAAGAACCUAUUUAUUGGAUUAACACAAGAUGUGCACACUGUUGAGAAACUUAGACUGGGACUGGAUUUUGGUAAAUGAUAAAAUUACUGUUGUCUUCCUUGUCCAACAAUGUCUGAAACUACCAGUUGAGUAAUUAAGUCAAUGCCCCUUAAGAAUUUAACUUGGGCUUUGUUGAUUUCUCUGUAAAUACGAUAUAUGGCUUUCUGUGAUACUGGAAAGUGGAGUCUUUUUUGUUUUUUGUUUUUCUCAGUCAUUUUGCCCUUCCCACAUUUUCAGUCAGAGAUUAUUGGAUAACAAUCACGCUAUAAUUUGAUUUAUUUAAAUGGGUGUCAAAUGACUGCUUGGAAGCAUUUAAAUAACGUACAAUUCAGGCAUUGCUAGACACACUUUAAAUCUGAUUUGUUGUACAGAUCCAAAAGGUAAAAAAUAAAGCAAUUAAGUGUUUAUGAUA